GCAGCUAGAGAUGUCUGGUCGCGGCAAGGGCGGGAAGGGCCUGGGCAAGGGCGGCGCCAAGCGCCACCGCAAGGUGCUGCGCGACAACAUCCAGGGCAUCACCAAGCCCGCCAUCCGCCGCCUGGCCCGGCGCGGCGGCGUCAAGCGCAUCUCGGGGCUCAUCUACGAGGAGACCCGCGGCGUGCUGAAGGUCUUCCUGGAGAACGUCAUCCGCGACGCCGUCACCUACACGGAGCACGCCAAGCGCAAGACGGUCACGGCCAUGGACGUGGUCUACGCGCUCAAGCGCCAGGGGCGCCGCGCACCGUGGGCGCAGCAGCCCCUUUCUGCAGUCUCAGCCAUGGCUCGCACGAAGCAGACAGCGCGCAAGUCGACGGGCGGCAAGGCGCCGCGCAAGCAGCUGGCCACCAAGGCGGCCCGCAAGAGCGCGCCGGCCACGGGCGGCGUGAAGAAGCCGCACCGCUACCGGCCCGGCACGGUGGCGCUGCGCGAGAUCCGGCGCUACCAGAAGUCCACCGAGCUGCUGAUCCGCAAGCUGCCGUUCCAGCGCCUGGUGCGCGAGAUCGCGCAGGACUUCAAGACGGACCUGCGCUUCCAGAGCUCGGCCGUCAUGGCGCUGCAGGAGGCGUGCGAGGCCUACCUCGUGGGGCUCUUCGAGGACACCAACCUUUCGAGUUUUGCUAAGAUGUCUGGUCGCGGCAAGGGCGGGAAGGGCCUGGGCAAGGGCGGCGCCAAGCGCCACCGCAAAGUGCUGCGCGACAACAUCCAGGGCAUCACCAAGCCCGCCAUCCGCCGCCUGGCCCGGCGCGGCGGCGUCAAGCGCAUCUCGGGGCUCAUCUACGAGGAGACCCGCGGCGUGCUCAAGGUCUUCCUGGAGAACGUCAUCCGCGACGCCGUCACCUACACGGAGCACGCCAAGCGCAAGACGGUCACGGCCAUGGACGUGGUCUACGCGCUCAAGCGCCAGGGGCGCACGCUCUACGGCUUCGGCGGCUGA